CCGGAAACCCAGCCAGUGGCGGCGACUCUGCUUCUCACCCACCCAAAUCGCUGCAACUUCUCCCUCCCGCGACACAGGAGCUGGCGGCCAUGAAUCCCAAGGAGCUCUUCGGGCUUUUCGUCGGAAAGGAGCGUGGGGAGGCCAUUCAGGAUCUGGAGAUCUCCCUGCGGGCCAAGGUUUCGCUCCUGUUUUCACUUUGUUGCUGCCACUGUAACUGGACUGGUGCUGGACUGGUGGUUUCUUGCUUCCCUUUGCAGGGAUCGCUCACACAGGCGGAGGACGCCACGCUGCGGAAAUUCAGCACCGCCGCCGACGUGGCCUACGCUGCGAGCUCUACGUUCUUCACUCUUCCUCUCUGUUUUUCCAUAAAUAAAGCACAUAAAUUGCUUGCUAUUCCACCUCCGCAUAGAUUACUGACGUUGGCAUACUCUGCUGGCGGUGCUUGCGUGCUCGGGAAGUUGACAUAUUAUCAGUGCCAUUAUGGAUUUGCUUUAAAUAUUUUGAACGAUGGUGAAGAACGCAUGAAGAUGGAGCUAGCUAACAUAAUACUUACUAAGCAUAGCAACGAAAAAUCACUGGUUAAAGCUGUUAAAAGGCACUUCAUAGCUGAGCAUCUGUUCAGAUAUCAGCAUCAAGAUGGUCCACUUUUCAGCUGGCGCCAACGCCAUUCAUAUGUGGAUAGCAGUUUUGUGGAAAGGGAGAAGGAGGAGUGUAUAGCAAAAAACUACCACAUUACAGGCUAUCGCUACAAAAAACUACCGUUUUUUUAAUUUUUUAAAAUGCUACCACAAUUUUGGUUGGCUGUUCCAAAAAACACUAAUGAUCCAAUGGUUAAGUUUUGAUCAGGUUUAUGACAGGGAGGGUCCACGUGUCAGGAGAAAAAUCAUUUGACCGUUUGUUGACUGUUAAGUUUACUGUUGAGCCCACAAGUCAGGGUCAACCUCUCCUCCCACCUCCAGCCACCAGAGGGAAGAGAGUACCCCGAUAGAGCGGGUUGACCUCUGCCUCACUGUGCGUGCUCGCCGGUGAACGCCGCCGCCAUCCCGAGAGGCGCCCCACA